AUGCUUGGUUUGGUGAAGGCCAGUCUUCCACCCAAUGCCUUCCUGAUCGAUCCCGGGCACAUGCAUCACCAGGAUUCUGUAACGCCGCGCUCCCUCAGCUUCUUCCCGGUUCAACUCAUCUCCCUGGCUGACACCAACUUCUUUGUCUUCACCUUCACAACUCCACCCCUCUACUCAGAUUUCUUUGUCAAUGAUGAAUCACAGAGUAACGCUGAGGCCGAGUGGAUUCCUGAUGAACUCAUCCUCCUCUACCUCCUCCGUGUUAACAUAGUUGUGAGUUGUCUUUUUCCGUCAAAGUUUACCCUGCAGUUUCGCUCACACCGGCCGCUAUCAUCAUCUUAUAUGGUCUAA